CGCGCCCACAGUUCGAGACACAUGCAGCAACCACUCGGUCCGGUCCUCGUCAAGCUCAAGGCCACGUCGCUGCGGGAAUGGUGCGACCAUGCCGUGCAAGCCAUUGUGCUUUUACUGGGCGUUGGCAUCCUCGUCCUCGUCUCGGUUGACGCGACCGUCAACAAUUGGGCGGUCAACGACUUUGUCGGGAACGGCCACGCCUUUGUGUCACCACUCGGUCGCGUCGACAAUGCGCGGCAGCUCGAGAGCGAGUACAGCUUUGCGCUGCACCAUAGCAUCUCGGACCUUUCGCGUGUCGCCAACUGGAUGCUCAAUUUCACCGUGACGAGCAUGGUGUCACGGAGCCCGGAAAUGUACUUGCUCUCGGUCGGCACAUACACGCUCACGUCCGGCGCCGUCGACGUCUGCGGCCUCAUGAAAGGCGUGUACCCACUCGACUUGAAUGGCACGCGCACCACCCGCCUCGGCUUUGCGUCCAACUCGAUCAUGUACAUCCGCGGAGAUGCGCUCAGCCAUGCGUUCACGUCGGAUCGAUCCGACAACUUGGCGAAUGCGAGCAUGAAGUCGGCGGCGCUGACGAGCCUCGGAUAUGCCCCCGCACGCACCAACGUCGACGUUCGCUUGAUGCAAGACCUUGUCUUGACCAACACAUCGGCGGCCCAGACCCACAAUGUGCACUUUUACCGGAUUUUUCCCAAGAGCUUUUGCACCGGGUGCCACACGGUCGCCGAGCUUGGGUUCGGGUCGUGCAACAUGACGUUUGUGUACAACGACUCGGCCAAAGUGGUCAGCGUGACGACAAGCGCCAACCUGAUCGGGUCCGUCUACAAGGUCGGCUUGUUGUUGCCGCAGUCGAUGUUUUCAUCUGCGUCCCACUACGUGAAAGCGAUUGCGAUCGUGUUUGCGGUUGGCGGGUACUUGGCGAGCCGUCGGACGGUGCAGUGGAAAGAAUUCGAUGCGACCAAACUCGACUCGAUUUGGACCAAACUUUUCCGGAUCUUGUCGCCGAAAGUGUUUCCGUACCCAAGUUGCGCGCUCCGCUUUGACAUGUUUUGCUACAAUUCCGACAUUUUUGUCUUUUUGUUUGCGACCGGCGUCGUGCUCGAUAUGGAAAACAGCUUGUACUACCUCAAGACGAUGAACAUGUACAACGCGCCGGCACCCAUCUUUCGCUACUCGAUGCAGCUCUACGGAUUUACGACGCGACUGCUCUGGUUCAACUGCGCGCUCCUCAAGCUGCUCAAGAUCCUCUGGCACGUAAUUGGGUCGGCGAGCUUCAAUGGCGAGAGUGCCCUCAUGGCAUUUCUGAACCUCCGCAACGUCACGUCGCUCUACCUGAGUGCGAUCUUGCUCUUUUUCGUGCCGGCGUUCAUCGAUUACAACAGCAGCGUCACCAUGACGCUCGACAACGCCAACGAGUGCCUUGACACGAUCCACGUCGAUGCGUUCGAGAGCUACUACAUCCGCGCUGUGCCCGCAAUCGCAGUCGGUCUCGUCGUCAACGUCCUCUUGAUUGCUGCGUUGGACCAUAUGGUGCACUUCAACUACUGGCAGCGCGUGUCCAAGAACUCGCUCGCGCGCCAAGCCAUCUUCAACAGCAGCUCGAUUCUAUGCGACUACCUCGACGGCAUCGACAUGGACGGCGUGGCGGUGGUGCUUCAUUGCAAGGCGCGACGACUGAGCACGCUGCAGUGGUUCUUUAUGAGCCACAUGGUUAUGUUUGGCCUCCCCGAGAAGGAACUCCGCGCCAAAAAAAAGUACUUGGUCGGGUCCGCGGCCACCACCAACCGGACCGCCAUGCAGUCCAUGAAACUUCCGAGUGAGCCCAGCGCCAGCACUGGGCGCUACAUGGUGGUGCAGGACGGCGACCACCAUAUGCACCUCGUCGAUGAAAAUCUGAGCGAUGUGACCGCCCUUGUGUACAACAUCAAGGUGCUCAAGGACCUGCCAAUUACGAUCGAGUGA